CAACAAAAAUGCAUGUCUGCUGCUUGAAAGAUCCAAAAUUUAAGGUUAAAAAUUUCACAACCAAGUUUUUCCCACGGCAAAAUGGUGAUCUUUUGAUCUCUUAUGAUGUUAUGCAAGCCUAUACGACUAACUAUCAAGCACAAGUGACCAUACAAAAUAGUAAUCCUUUGGGACGCCUUGAUCAGUGGAAUUUAACUUGGGAAUGGAUGAGAGGGGAGUUCAUAUACUCGAUGAGGGGUGCAUACACUCGCAAGAAAGAUUAUUCGAAUUGUGUCUAUGGUGCUGCAGGACAGUACUAUAAAGACUUUGAUUUUUCUAAAGUUUUGAACUGUGAAAAGAAGCCUACCAUAGCUGAUUUGCCUCGAGAAAGAGCUCAAGAUAAAGAUGUAGGUAUGUUGCCAUUCUGCUGCAGGAAUGGCAGCAUCAUGCCCACUGUAAUGGAUGCAACCAACUCAAAGUCUGUGUUUCAAUUACAAGUCUAUAAGCUUCCACCAGAUUUGAAUCUAACAGCUCUUUACCCUCCCGAAAGAUGGAAAAUAGUAGGUCUUCUUAAUCCGGAUUAUAAAUGUGGACAAGCCUUAAGAGUAGAUGACGCACAAUUCUUGGAUCCAACUGGACUUUGUUGA